AGCUGCUAAAGUUCCCUCACAUCCAGGCCGCCGCUGCUGUUUGGCUCCUGCGGGGGCCAUUUUGGGGAAGAGGCUAGCUUCAGGUCGGGGAUGCGGUCCAGAACUGAGACAUCCUGGCUGACUGAACUCUUUCUGGUUCUGUUGGGUUUUUUGGGGGGGCUCCCACUGAUGCACUCCUCCUCCCCCUUCUCCCUCUCCUCCCCUCCGCAUCUGCCCUCCCUCCCCCGCCUGCUAAUUUUUUAUGCAUUUUUCUAAACUGUCAUGGCGAUUUUGUGUCCUUGGAAAUAAGAAGCGGCGGCGUUUUUUCGGGCUCACCGGGGGGAUGUCUCGCCGCUGAGAGCGUCAGUCCGGUGCGGGAGCAGCCACAUGCUGCAUUCCACUGAAGUGGCAGGCAGGAAAUGGGCAACAUGCAUGCAGCAAGGAGGAGUGCAUGAAAACAUCAUUUUUCAAGAUGCAGUGUGAUGCAGUCAAGGCACAGAAGAUGAAAAUACACAAGAAGGACAAGCAGCAGAUGUUCAGUGGCCUUCUGAAGCACUCGCCAUCCUCGGCCUCGUCUGCAGCAACCUCCUCCUCGGCCGGCGAGCAGAACAGCAGCGCACAGACGACACUCCCCACCAUCCCCAGGGGACACCUGGUCGUGGGCCCCAAGGACCAACUCUGCCUCCUGGCUCCCGUGAGCAGCACCACCAUGUCCAAUCACUGCGCUAAGUCUGCUGGGGGAGCCCCGCGACCUCCUUCCUCCUUGAGUGAGGAGGACGACGGAGGAGGCGGAGGGAGGGUGAGGAAGAAACGCAAGAAAAAGGACAAGAGGGAGAGAGUGGAGGGAGAGGAAAGGGUCAUACCAAAGAAGCGAAAGCAGGAGAGGGAGGCCAUGCUGGUCACACUGAGCCAGAGCAACAUUCCCAAGGAGCGACGGGAGCGCAGGACCAAGGGGAGGGGGGGCAGCGCAGACGGGCAGACGGAGCUCAAGCAUGUCGCUAGGCGGAAAGCCAUGUGUACCCCCACCACUACGGGCUCGGUCGAGGUUCCCGUCAAGGUGCCCGGCAAACGAGGAAGAAAGCCCAAGAUCAAAAUCCUUCCUCCUCUUCCAGCUAAUCAAGCGCCCCCCCUGAGGACACAAGGCCCGCCCCACACUAGCCUAGGUCAUGGCAAGAACCACAGCCAGGCCAGCAUCAAGGCCGCAGUCCAGUCAGCGCCCAAACAGAGGGGCCGCAAACCCAGAGAUCCCGGAGCCAUGCCGGUGGAGAGGAAAAAGAAGGCCAAGAGGAGAACACAGGCACUGGCUGUCCCAGACGGGGCGGAGAGUGACGACACCACCUCACUGUCAGCCGUCAACACAGGCGGCGAGGACAGCCAGGACCCACUGGACAGCACGAAACGGCGCUCCGGUCGUCAGGUGAAGCGGAGGAAGUACAACGAGGAUUUGGACUUCAAGGUGGUGGACGACGACGGGGAGACAAUCGCAGUUCUGGGAACUGGCCGCAUAGCUGCACUCAAUGCUACUGCGCUGGCGUGGCAAGCAGAGGAGCCGCCUGAGGAUGAGGCCAACAUUAUUGAGAAAAUCCUUUCCGUGCGAGCCGUCAAGAAGGAGACGUCGUCAGAGGACCAAGCAGAGGAGAUGGAGGAGUUUUAUGUCAAGUACAGAAACUUCUCUUACCUGCACUGCAAAUGGGCCACGCUGGGGGAGCUGGAGAAAGAUCCCCGAAUCCACCAGAAGAUAAAACGUUUCAGGACCAAACGGGCGCAGAUGAAGCACCUGUUCACUGAGCCUGAUGAGGAUUUGUUUAAUCCGGACUACAUAGAGGUGGACAGGGUGCUGGAGGUGGCUGUCACCACGGACACAGAGACUGCAGAGGAGGUGACCCACUACUUGGUGAAGUGGUGCAGCCUCUCGUACGAGGAAGCCACCUGGGAGCUGCAGGAGGACUUGGACCCUGAGAAGAUCAAAGAGUUUGAGGAGAUCCAGAAAGUACCAGCAGACCUCCGACAUGUGGAGCGUCCUCCCCCUGAGAAGUGGCAGAAGCUGGAGCGCUCCAGAGAUUACCGCAAUGGGAACCAGCUGAGAGAGUAUCAGUUGGAGGGGAUGAACUGGUUACUGUUCAACUGGUACAAUAGGAAAAACUGCAUCUUGGCGGAUGAAAUGGGCCUCGGGAAGACCAUCCAGUCCAUCACCUUCCUAUAUGAGAUCUUCAGCAUGGGGAUCCGCGGCCCCUUCCUCAUCAUCGCCCCCCUGUCCACCAUCACCAACUGGGAGCGCGAGUUCCGCACUUGGACGCACAUGAACGUCAUCGUGUACCACGGCUCGCAGAUCAGCCGACAGAUGAUCCUGCAGUAUGAAAUGUUUUACCGAGACGCUCAGGGUAACACCGUGCCGAGCGUGCUCAAGUUUCACGGGCUGAUAACCACCUUUGAGAUGGUGAUGGCCGACUGUCCCGAGCUAAAAAAGCUGCAGUGGCGCUGCGUGGUGAUCGAUGAGGCCCACCGACUGAAGAACAGGAACUGCAAGCUGCUGGAAGGACUCAAACUCAUGAACCUGGAGCACAAGGUUCUGCUAACAGGAACGCCUCUGCAGAACUCAGUGGAGGAGUUGUUCAGUUUGUUGAACUUCCUGGAACCGCUGCAGUUCCCAUCGGAGAGCACUUUCCUGGAGGAGUUUGGAGACCUCAAAACGGAUGAGCAGGUGAAGAAGCUUCAGGCCAUCUUGAAGCCAAUGAUGCUGAGGAGACUGAAGGAUGAUGUGGAAAAGAACCUUGCACCUAAAGAAGAGACAAUCAUAGAGGUGGAGCUGACAAACAUUCAGAAAAAAUACUAUCGAGCCAUCUUAGAGAAGAACUUCUCCUUCCUGUCCAAAGGAGCAAACCAGCACAAUAUGCCAAACCUCAUUAACACAAUGAUGGAGCUCCGCAAGUGCUGCAACCACCCGUACCUGAUAACUGGAGCGGAGGAGAAGAUUCUGGAAAGCUUCAGGAAGAGCCACAGUCCGGAUGCGCCUGACGUGCAGCUGCAGGCGAUGACCCAGGCAGCUGGCAAACUGGUGCUGAUUGACAAGCUGCUACCCAAACUGCUGAGCGGGGGCCACAAAGUCUUGGUCUUCUCCCAGAUGGUGCGCUGCCUGGACAUCCUGGAGGACUACCUCAUCCAGAGGCGAUACACAUAUGAACGCAUCGACGGACGCGUGAGAGGGAAUCUGCGACAGGCCGCCAUCGACCGGUUCUGCAAGCCAGAUUCAGACCGCUUUGUUUUCCUGCUGUGCACCAGAGCAGGAGGGCUGGGAAUCAACCUGACGGCGGCAGACACGUGCAUCAUCUUUGACUCGGACUGGAACCCCCAGAACGACCUGCAGGCUCAGGCGCGCUGCCACCGCAUCGGCCAGAGCAAAGCGGUGAAGGUCUACAGACUCAUCACGAGGAACUCCUACGAGAGGGAGAUGUUCGACAAGGCCAGUCUGAAGCUGGGACUGGACAAAGCCGUCCUCCAGGACAUCAACCGCAAAGGAAACCUCAACGGGGUGCAACAGCUCUCUAAGCUGGAGGUGGAGGAUUUGUUGAAAAAGGGGGCAUAUGGAGCGCUGAUGGACGAAGAAGACGAGGGCUCCAAGUUCUGCGAGGAGGACAUCGACCAGAUACUUCAGAGACGGACCCAGACCAUCACCAUCCAGUCUGAAGGGAAAGGAUCCACGUUUGCAAAGGCCAGCUUCAUCUCCUCCGGCAACAGGACUGACAUUUCUCUGGACGACCCCAACUUCUGGCAGAAAUGGGCCAAGAUCGCAGAAGUAGAAAUUGAUUCGAGAUCCGAGAAGGAGUCGCUGGUGAUCGACACGCCUCGCGUGAGGAAGCAGACGCGCCACUACAACUCCUUUGAGGAUGACGAGUUGAUGGAAUUCUCUGAACUGGACAGCGACUCGGAGGAGAAGCCGUGUCGGACUCGUCGCUUGGGAGAGCGCAGCCGUCGCUAUCUUCGCGCCGAGUGUUUCCGAGUGGAAAAGAACCUGCUCAUUUUUGGUUGGGGCAGGUGGAAGGACAUCCUCAACCAUGGGCGCUUUAAGUGGCAUCUGGCAGAGCGAGACAUGGAGGCCAUUUGCAGGGCCCUGCUGGUCUACUGUCUGAAACACUACAAAGGCGACGACAAGAUCAAGAGCUUCAUCUGGGAUCUGAUCUCACCCAGCAAGGAUGGCCAAGACCAGGAGCUGCUCAACCACUCAGGUUUAGCAGCUCCAGUUCCUCGUGGCCGUAAGGGGAACAAAGUGAAGCAUCAGCUGAACGUUCCAGAGUUGAAGAACGCCGACUGGCUUACCCACUGCAACCCUGAGGUGGUGCUGCAGGACGACAGCUACAAGAAACAUCUGAAACAACACUGCAACAAGGUACUGCUGAGGGUGAGGAUGUUGUACUACUUGAAGGUGGAGGUUCUGGGUGAGGCUGCCAAUCAGGCUCUGGAGGGUGUGGCAGCCAGUAAAUUGGACGUGUCGCUGCCAGACAUCGACUACAUCGAGAUUCCAGCUUCGUGGUGGGAUGCAGAGGCAGACAAGUCUCUUCUCAUAGGUGUCCACAAACACGGCUACGAGCGCUACCACGCUAUGCGCGCCGAUCCAGACCUGUGCUUCCUGGAGAGGGUCGGGAUGCCUGAUGUCACUGCGCUGUGUGCGGAGCAGGGAGGAGGGGAGGUCGCUUCAGACAUCACUGACAGCGGCGUGGUCAAAGCAGAAGACGCCAGUGAGAGCAGUGGAAGUAAAGUUGAUGGUGGAGAUGUUCGUGAUGAGAGCAGCAAGGGAGAGGAGACCUGCUUCAGCACGGACACCUCUGACAAGCCGGACAGUACCGCUCCAGACUCCCACUUGUCGGCUGACCUGUGCGCCCAGGACGCCACUUUGGUCACAACAACGGCAGGAACAGGAACAGGGACUGGCGUGGCAGCCCUCCAUGUGGUCCAAGCGCGACCCCUGUGGCCCACGGGCCCCGCGCUGACAGCCCGCCUACGACGCCUCAUCACUGCCUACCAGCGCUUCACGCUGCGCCGCGAGCCCCUGCUGAGGCCAGACUUCUUGCUUCAUGACGGCAUGGUUGGCAUAGGGGUGGCCCCCCACGGGCACCACACAGAGGGGCCGUUGGCCUGGCAGCUGGGGGAGGAGCUGAGGCGGUGCUCUGUGGCUGCCGCUGAACCGGACGCUGUUUUUCUGGAGUGGCAGAGAAGGUGGACUCGUCGAGAGCAGAUGGACUUCUACCGCACGGUGUCGUCGUUUGGAGUGGUGUACGACCCCGAGAGGAAAGUCUUUGACUGGUCCCAGUUCAGAGUUCUGGCCCGACUGGAGAGGAAGACGGACGAGAGUUUGGAGAGAUACUUCAACUCCUUUGUCAACAUGUGCAGGACGGCAUGCAAGCUGCCCCCCAGGAAAGAGGAAGGGUUGGUGGAUCCGUCCGUGCUGGUGGAGCCGCUGACAGAAGAAAGAGCAGCUCGGACUUUAUACCGCAUUGAGCUGCUUCGCAAGAUCCGAGAGCAGGUUCUCCGCCAUCCGUUACUGUCGGCCCGCCUCCAGCUGUGUCGUCCGUCCCUCUACCUUCCGGUUUGGUGGGAAUCCGGCAAACACGACCGGGACCUACUCAUCGGAGCGGCGCGCCACGGCUUGAGCCGCACGGACUUCUACAUCCUCAACGACCCCCAAUUGAGCUUCCUGGAGGCGCACAGGAACUACGUGAGGGGCCACCCCUCCCAUCUGCUCCCUCAAAGUCAUCACCACCAUUCCGCCAUCUCGUCAUCUCAGCAGCUACCACCCCCUCACUGCUGCCUCUAUGAUUCCACAAUUGGUCGCCACUCCCCCCAGCCUCCUGAAUAUCCCCACCAGCAUCACCCUGUGCCUCCGUCAGCUCCUUCCUCCUCCUCCUCCUCUUCAUCCUCUUCCUCUCACCUCCACCCUCCUCCACCGCCACUUGACGCCCACGAGGCAGCUUCGCCGGGCCUGGGAAUAGUUUCAGGUUCUCGUGGAGAUUUCCUUGAUUGUCCUCCUUUGGAUGAGAGCCUGGAUCUGGGAUCGCUGCAGCAUGACACCAUGGCUGCGGAUGCUUUGCACGGAGGGAAAGCUUCCAAAGACGCCCUCAACGGUUUCCCCUUCAAUUCGGCCACAGGCGGUCAAAGCAUGCUCAACUCCUACGGUGUUGGAGGGGCAGACCUCCACUCCAAACUGAGGAGCGAUGUGCUGGUUGGCGAGCAGGGCUCAUCCGAGGAAACGGGGCUGUUGGCUCCGUCAGUGGAGCUGGAUCAGUUGCAGGCUCCCUGGGAUGGGACGGAUCACUCCAGCCCGGCUCACCAUAUGUUCAACGAAUCUGACCCCAUCCUGGGACCCUCCUCCCUGGAGACAGGUUUCCUGGAGGAGGAGGACGAGGAGCCUCCGCGGGCAGAUGAGGGAGGGGACAACGGUGGGACUCUUGAGGAGUGUCUGGGCCUCCCCCCCUCAUCCUCACCAUCUCACCCCUCAGCUGCAGAUUCUGUGGAGUCGUCCAGCUACAUGCUCUUCAAGGACAUCGGAGUGAGUGAAGAACCUGGAGCGGAUCAGAACGAUCUGGCGACGAGCCCCCUCCCAGCCUACAUCCCCCCUCCCCCGCUCUCUCCACCGGACAUCAGUGGGCAUGAGCCUCACGGUGAGACGUCUGUGGAGGAGAACGGUCCAGAGAGAGCCUUCAAGUUUGACAGCAAGGACGAAGAAGACGUCCAAGAAAAAGAGCAAAUUCUAGAAGAGGAGGAAUGUGACCCGGCUCAAGGUGUGGACCAAAGUUUGGGAUCUGUGCGUCUGCCGACUGAGCUGCCAGAGAUGGACGUGGCAGAACCAGAACCUGCUUUGAGAGAACAGGAGGAUGGAAUCCAGGUCCCAAACCAACUGUGCCAAAACCUCCAGCAGAACUUUGAGCAGGGCGGGGCUAAAGAGGAUGACGUGCUGCCUUAUCUUGGCAAGCUGGAACAGGAAGGUCGUCUGAUGUGUCCUAUGGAGGAGGUGGACACCUUAAUGUUGUAUCAAACCACUGAGGAGGAAACCAUGGCAAACUCUAUCGACCCUGUAGCCCUGAUGGCGGAUGACCCUGGAGAGUUUCUGCAAGAUGAAGGAAUGUCAGAAGGCUCCAGAGAGCAUGGUCCGGUGGAGGAAAGAGAUCCUGCAGAUCAAGUGGACAGGAUCCCUCAGGGUCACAUGGGUCAGUAUUCACUUAUGGAUGAUACUGGGGUCAAACCACAUGAGAUGGAUGCUGGAGUCAAGGCGGAAGAGGAUCAGGAUGGUAAUGAUGAAGAUGCGAACCUACCUGUGGACCAAAGUGACAAUGAUGCGGGUCUGCCUGCUGCUAGCAAAUCAUCUGCUCUGUCAGAUACCAGCCACGAGGAGAAAGACCAGCAGCUCCCAGUCAAGUUGGAGGAGACCAAGACAGAAGAUGAAGACAUCUUCUCUCACAUGAGUUCUGUCCAGUCUGAAGAUGUGGUGACUAAAGCUGAAAGCUUGGAUCCCACCCUCAAAGCAGAAACACUGGAGUCCUUUCCUAUCAAGACAGAGAACUCUGACAUGAAGCAAGAAGCUCUCCUGCUGAUGACCGACACCAAGCUGGACAACUCCCAGGUCAAACUUGAGGACAAGUCAGAGGGGUUGGAGUUCAGUGCUACCGGCAAAGCUCAGAGCGAGCAGGAGUUUUUGGAGGCCGACAGCACGGUGCAGACGCCGAAGCUGGAGCAGGUGGACGGGCUGGCUUCCGAGACGCUGGAGGUGAAAGGCCAGGUGAAGGAGGAGAGGUCCUCCUCCCCAGUGGCGGUGGUGGAAGACUUAGCAGGAAGUCCCAGGUUCGCCGCUCCUUUUUCCAUGUGUGAGCUCCCAGACAGCCUCCAUGAUAGCAGGGAGCCCACCAUCGCUCAGCUCCUACAGGAGAAAGCACUUUACUCCUACUCCGAGUGGCCCAAGGACCGUGUGAUCAUCAACCGCCUGGACAGCAUCUGCCACGCCAUCCUGAAGGGGAAGUGGCCUUCCUCCAGCGACCAGUACGACUCACCCGCCUCUUUGGCCGCCAGCAACCUAGCCCAACAACACUUGCAGCGCUCAGGCUUCCUCACCACCGUGCCGGGCCAGGCCAGGAUACAGCAGGCCAGCCCGGGGCUGGCCUUCCCCAUCCCCCCUCCUCUGACAAGACUCCCCAAGUACGUGCCGCGGGGCAGUGGGCGCGGAGCUUGGCGCCUCACCUCCCUCCCUCUCUUGCAGGAGAGACUUGUGGCCCCUCCCUUCCUCCCAGAGAUCAAACGAGCCGGAGGUCGGAGGUCUUUUGACUAUGAAGCUGCGGCCGCCGCCGCCGCUAAGGUUUUAACCGGCAAGACGACAACAUCGAGUGGCGCUCCUUCUCCAGGGAGGCCCCCGGGGGGCUCUCACCGCGCCAUGUUGAUCAACGGUUGGCAGGAAGCCGCCAUGGACCUCAGCAAGUCACCGGGAGACAUGAGCGCCGGGUCGGCUGAAGGUGCAGCCGCACCCGGAAUAGGCCAGCGCGGCGCUCACAAGCUGCCUCCGCCGCCGCCCCCCAUCACGGCCCCCCUAGCGGGCCAGGCGGGAAUUGACAUGGCGGGCAUCCUGCAGGCAGGCCUCAUCCAUCCCGUGACGGGACAAAUAGUCAACGGCAGCCUGAGAGGAGACGAUUCCCUGAGGAGGAGGAGGGGGAGAAGAAGAAACGUGGAGGCGCUUUAUUCCGAAUUCACCAAGGCUAGACUUCACCUCCCAGACUCCACACAGGGCCGCGUGGAGGUGGUCAGCCACUCCUCCGUCUCCUCCACCACCUCCUCCCCCUCCCCCUCAUCCUCGGAGCGCCCCGCCGCGACCCCUACGCCGUCCUCUUCGUCCACGCCCACCCCGACACAGACGCCCCCCCAGCCAGAGAUGGCCAUGGAGCGGGAGGCGGCUGGCAAAGGUUUGAUGGAGUGGCUGAGACAGAAACCAGGAUACAGCUUGGAUCUUCCUUUUGCUCACGUGGGAGCAGGGGUUUUGCACGGCCUGGUGGAGCGUCCCAAGCAGAGGAGGCAUCGCUGCAAAGACCCCACCAAGCUGGACAUCAACACCUUGACGGGGGACGAGCGUGUUCCCGUUGUGCACCGCGGCACUGGACGCAGGCUGGGGGGCGCCAUGGCUCCAGCCAUCAAGGAGCUGUCCAGGUGGUUGGACGCCAACUCGGAGUACUUUGUGGCUCCAGACUGGGCAGACGUGGUCAAACAUUCUGGUUUCCUUCCAGAGGGAAAGUUCUCUCGGAUCCUAACAGAACCUGUCAACAAAGACCCCGCCUCCCGACGGCGUGGACGCCGCCCUCGCAGCGAGAUGCCCAAGCCCCUCUUGUCUGACUCGGCCCCCUCCGGCCUCGGGCCCCCGCUCUUCAUGAAUGGAGGUUUAAUCGGCAGCAUGGACUCGAUGGUGGCCAUGCAGAACCUCCGCGGCGGCAUUCCCGGAAUUCCCAUCUCUGGAAUCAUGGCGGCCGGAUUCCCUCACGUUUUUCCCACGGCGGUCCCGGCAGGAGGGGGCGGAGCGUCGGCGGACGAUGCCAAGAACGGCUUGAGUAUGUUACCCAUGAUGCUGCACGGCAUCCCGCCCCCCCACGGGGCCUUGUUUGGCGUUGGUGCCAUGAUGGCGCACACGCCCCCUUCCCUCCACGCCAGCCCCUCCUCCUCAUCCUCGUCCUCUUCGCCGUUGGCCACAAAGGUCACCACCACAAGUGCGGUCGUCACGUCCGAGGCGGGUGGCCCCACGUCGGCAACACCGGCUGAGAGCGGCGAGAAGAAGUGUCGCCAUGACGACAAAGCGGGGGAAGCCGAGACGGCGGCUGCGGUCAUCACCUCCACCAGCAGGGGGCGUCCCGGCGGCCAUCUUAGCUUCAACCCCUUCCUCAUCCCUGGCAUGUCCCACGGCCUCCUGUAUCCCCACAUGUUCCUGCCCCAUGGGGGCAUCGUGGCGCUUCCUGCCAUGCCGCCCGGUGCCGCAGACGUCACCCCGGGAAGCCCCAAGAGGAGGCGCAAGAGAGGCCGGGAGGAAGCAGAGCCCCAGGAAGAGGAGGAGGAGGAGGAAGCGGCAGAGGAGGCGGUGGAGGAGGAGCAGCCGACCAACCAGAGUGAAAGUACAAUCAAAGAGGAGGAGCCACCCCCGCCUGAGAGCGGAGGGGCGGGGCUUACUGAGCCCCUUCAAGCAGACUGCCAUCAGCACGCUGAGGAAGAGUAGAAGACAAGAAGAGUGUACAGUUUAUGUCGUGUCCGUCAGUCCUUUUAUUAUUAUUAUUAUUAUUAUUAUUGAUAAUGUCACGUUUAUACACUAAGACCCCGCCCACCAUCUCCAAUCACAAGAAGACUGUCAGUCAAAGACAAGCUCAUGGUCUUCUUCUCUCUUCUUUUUCUGCGCAAUGCUCCUAAUUCUUCACACUCAGCGCCCUCCGGCGGCCGUUGACUGAAACCCACUUCCUGCUCGGGCGGUCACGUGACUCCGCCCAGCAGGAAGCGGCACGAGAAAAAGCGGCGAACAAUCUUGGCCUUUGUUUGACUUUUUACUUCCACUUCAUCACCAAGAGGACACAAAGUCACUUUGAGAGACGGAGAGCUGAGUGUGGCCUGCAGGGGGCAGCGUUUCAAUUUGACACCACGCAGCAGCAAACACGGACAGUGAACUGUCAGAUCAACACGUGUGUGUGCCUGUGUGUGUGUGUGUGUGUGUGUGGUCGAAGGGAAUAAUGCGACUAGUGAAGUGUGUCCUCUCCUUUUGUGUCAACAUUCUUCAUGUGGUGCUGUAUAUUGCUUUUUUACGUUGGUUCCUUUUGGGCCUUCUGCUUGUGUCUCCAUUGGCUGAGGAAAACUUGAUGCGUGUGUGUGUGUGUGUGCGUGUGUGUGUGUGCGUGUGCGCGCGCAUGUAUGUCCUACCAGGAAGUACUGUAAAAAGUUGCUGGUUAGCAUAACAGGGUCACUUUGUUUUGGGUUUGUUUUCAUACAUGAAAACAUCAUUUUUGCACAACGUUGUUUUUGUGAAUGUCAACCACUUUGUGUGUGUGUGUGUGUGUGUGUGUGUGUGUUUGUGUCGUCGUCCCGACAGGUCACUUUUUUUCUUAGCUGUUGCCUUGUCACACUUUGUGGCUCCAUAUAAUUUAUUAUUAUUGGACUUUUCUUUUGCUUUGCCAAACAUUUACCAAAUAGGAAGUUGCAUCACGGCGCGUUCAUCAGUCCAAGGCCUUAUUUCACUGUCGGGCGUUUUGGUUGUCGUCGGUCAAAGCACAAAGUCACUCUUUGCUUCUCAGUGCCUCUUCAAGCGGCUCCAUCUUGUCAAGCUGAAAUGAGCAACAAACUUGUUGGUGGAGUUCAUCAUCAUCAUCAUCGUCGUCUUCUUUUUUUUCCUCCUCCCUUUUAGUUGAAAUAUUUGGGAGAUGCAAAGUCGCCCAGAUUGCUUGGAGAAGCUGAGAGGACACACGUACCCAUGAAUAGCGACGAGCUUGUUGCGCUUUCACGUCAAUCAGCUUGUGUGUUCGCUAACAUGAGGAUGGUGGGGGGGAGAGGACGAGCAGCGUAGAGUGUCAUGUGACAGACUUGAAAGAAAGCGUUUGGAAAGCAAGGCGACGUGUGUCACAUGACCCAGCAGCAUCAAGAAGCAGACGAGUAAAGUACCUAUUGAACUAGUACUCGUUGAAGGGUUGUGAUAAAACUGCUCCAACAUGGUUUAUGAGCUUGUUGUCGCUUUGAAGCCGCACCGCAAGCCCCCUCCUCCAUAUCUCCUCAAGGAUGUUGAUUGGUCGAGCAGCGUGUCAGCUUGAAGUUUGACAUGAAAACGUCACUACAUGUGACGACUUCCUCCUCUUCUUGCAACAGGAAAACGGUUCAGCUUUGUGUGUGAUAUCAUAGUGUGAUGUCAUCAUAGUGUGGUGAUAUCAGCAUGGUGACAUAGCGUGAUGACAUUAUAGCUUGGGGAUAUAGUGUGCUGAUACAGCGUGGUGACUGUCAUUAAGCAAUCCGUACUGGGAACACGACCGGUUCUGCCCAUGCGCGAGGCCUCCGUCACUUCCUCCUUUUGCAAAUUUUUACAACAGCGCUUCUGCGCCGUCGCGUGCUGUGGUAGUUUUUAGUAUUUUGAAAUGUUUCAACAUAAAUGGUCAAUAACCAUACUUCAUAUAUACAAUAUAAAAUGUGGGGAUAUUUUAUUAGUGACUCUUAUGACUUGGUUAGCAUGCAGAUGUUUCUAUCGUCUUUAUUCACCAAGACUGAGCUACGUAAAAACUUACGCAAUGCACGUAGCGCAUGCGCGGCUGCUCCGCAGACAUAAACGUCAUAUCCCGUUCCGUAAAAUAUACAUGAAUAAAUACAAUAAAACAACACAUAAAAUGCAGUGAUAUUUAAAUGUAAACAACAAAAAAUAGGCCGACCGGUUGUAGACGCGUUCUGCACAUGUGUAGAACCGAUUGCGUUUCCGGUAUGGUUUGCGUAAUGACAGUGAUAUCGUAGCGGGUUGAUAUCAUAGCAUGGUGACUUAACAGCAUGAUGGUAUCAUAGUGUGGUGAUAUCAGCAUGGUGGCAUCAUAGCGCGGUUGACAUCAUAGCAUAUAGUGUGAGUGUGGAUCAGCAUGGUGAUAUCAUAGUGUGGAUAUAUCACAGCGCGAUGAUAUAGCAUAGUGAUGUCAUAAUGUGGUGAUAUUUUAGCAUGACAGCAUGUUAUCACCACAUAUCACCAUGCUAUAUCGACACACUAUGUCAUAAUGCAAUACCGCAUGUGAUAUCAUAGUGUUGCGAUAUCAUAGCAUCGAGACAUCAAAGUGUGCUGAUAUCAUAGUAUAGUGACAUCAUAGCGUGGUGAUAUCAUAUCGACAGCAUAUCACUAUGAUGCCACCACGCUAUGAUAUCACCAUGCUAUAUCACCUCACUGAUAUCACCACACAAUGUCAUAAUGCAAUAUCACAUGUGAUAUCAUAGUAUUGUGAUAUCAUAGCAUGGUGACAUCACAGUGUGGUGAUAUCAUAGAAUGGUGGCAUCAUAGCGUUGUGAUAUCAUAGCAUGGUGACAUAGUGUGGAUAUAUCACAGCGCGAUGAUAUAGCACAGAUGACAUGAUGUCAUGAUGUAGUGACAGCAUGAUAACACGAUCACUGCGCUAUGAUAUCACCACAUUCUAUCACCAUGCUAUAUCACCACACCAAAAUGCAAUAUCACAUGUGAUAUCAUACCAUGUGAUUUCAUAGCGUGGUGAUAUCAUAGCAUGGUGACAUCAUAGUGUGGCUCUAUCACAGUGUGAUAAUAUAGCAUGGUGACAGCAUGAUAUCACUGUCACCACGCUAUGAUGUCACCAUGUAAUAUCACCACACUAUGAUGUCCUGCUAUGAUAUCACCACUGUCAUAAUGCAAUAUCACAUGUGAUAUCAUAGUGUUGUGGUAUCAUAGCAUGGUGACAUCAUAGCGUGGUGAUAUCAUGACAUGAUGACAUCAUAGUGUGGCGAUAUAGUGUGAGGAUAACAUGGUGACAUGCCGUCAGGGUGGUGAUAUAACGUUGAUAUCAUAGCAUGAUGACAUAGUAUGACGGCAUAGCGUGGUGAUAUCGUAAUAUGGUGACAUAGCAUGAUAAUAUCAUAGCACGGUGACAUCAUAGUAUGGCGAUACAGCAUGAUAUCAUAGCGUGGUGACAUAACAGGGUGACGUCAUGGUGUGAUGAUAUCAUAGCACGAUGGCAUGAUAGUGUGGUAAUAUCAUAGCAAGGUGACAUCCUCAUAACAGGAUGAAUCAUAGCUGGAUGACAUCCUCCUAAGGCGCCAAUCAAUCCAACAAUCACUAAAAGACAACAAUGGAGGACAUCUUGGGUUUUUUGUCUUCUUAUUCUCUGUCAACCAAUCAACAUAAUGCUGUUUAGCUCCGCCUCUUUAGCGACCCUACCCUCCCUAGAUGUGAGUAAUUUGGGUGCGACGUGAUGAAAAGUAGCAAGAAAGUGAAGUAGAAUGAGCUUUAGUGUUUGUUCACAUCUUGUUAUUAAUUCCUGUAAACAUCGCUUUGGUAACGCUCCAUCAUCACCACGCUCAUGCCUCACCUUCAUCCCUCAUCAAACCGUCAGGAAUGCUCCUUGAUAAAAAAAAAAUUUAAAAAGCCACCGGGGUGCUGGUUGGCGCCACCUUUCACGCAUCUCUCCAACACCUUUCUUCAAAAGUGCAUCAGAUUUAAAAGAGGGCAAUCUCUAUUGGCGUGGAGAACGCCUUCCAUCCCGCCUCCUCCAGUCCCCGAGUCAUGUGACCUGCAGCUGACACAAACAAAAGACUCCAUGUUGUCUCUGUCCAGCAGCUGGCCACUUCAUUAGGUACACCUGCACGCUCCACAUCUGAUUCACGAUUGGAAGGUGUCGUUUAGCACAGUCGUCAACAUUGUGACGUCGCAUGGGCUCUCAUGACGUCGUGUACCUAAUGAAGUGACCAGCGCGUGUCGAUGUGAUGUAAGACGAAAUAAGAGCACUUGUAAAAAUGUUUUUUGCUGAGACUGUCGGAAAUGUCUUUAAAAUAAAAAAAAAGAAACGAAAAGCAGUUUGUUGAAGUUGAGAAAGCAAAUCAUGACGUCUGUGGUGGGGUUUUCCUUGAUUGACUUUAUUUUUUCAUAUUUGUAUAUUCUAUAUCUCUGCAUUCCCAUGUGGACGCGUCUUCACGCUGUCCUCGCGUGGUCUGUCUCGUCUUUUAUGCUGCAAUAAAAGAUGACCUUCAACUUU